AACAAUUCGAUGACGAGCCAUCCUGAUCCCAGACUUUCCCAUGACGCAGCAGCACCGCUUUUUCCAAUUUUCCCAUCUUACACGGACCAUGCAACACACGCCAGUGCGUAUGCAUUUGCCACCCACUCUGCGCCGGCGCCCGAGAAUGGCCCUACGAUCGUUCGAUGGCGCGCAUGUCACGUCCUUCCCCAUGAGGCAGUGAUGCGAUGGGCAUGUCCCGCGUAGUUUGGAAUUUUCACGCAGCGAGUGAGGUAACUGGCCACAGCAGCCUUGACUGGCCUCGCUCUUGUUCGAUUGCGCGGUUGUCUGUGCUGAUGGGAAACUUAGUGAUGCGUUGGGUGGGGUUUCGAGGCCUUUCAACGCUGGUGGGGAUGACGGGGAAGGAACAGGCUUGGCUUUUGUCAUUCUCCGAGUGAUAUCCUUCUUUCCGGUCCCAUGAGAAAGCAUCGUGGACUGGAGCACUGCACUGGGAGAGCGUUGAAAAUUGCCACUUUCGUUACAUCAUUUGCUUUGGACCCUGAGUCGGUUUGCUGAAUGCGUACCAAACAUCUGCCUGUCCCAUCUACCGACCGGCCAAACAUGAAUUUCGCAUCGUUCAUCAAGUCACAGGAACAUCAAAAGAUAAAAGAGUGAAUUCGCUAUGAUUGAUAAGACCAUGGACAAUUACCCCACUCAGAAAUGAAUCAUUGUGCGGCGACAAUCCCCGUCUGUCACCUCAAUAUUUGCUCUCGCGGUGGGGACUUCGGAAAUUUGCAAAUGCUUCAUGCUCUUCAAUUCAUCCUUGUUGGUUUUGAUGUAGGUUGGUCAUGUUGAAAGCAUCGUAAUGCCUGCCUCAAAGCUAUCGCCAAAUGUCCAGCCAGCCUUGUCGAACGGUCAUCGCCAAAUUUACACAUGAUGUCUGAUUGAGUUCAACAUGAAAUCUCUCACAAUACGUAUGGCGGAAUCACUUUUCAUCUAUCCGCUGUCCUUCACUAUCUACACUUCAUCCAGUUCCAGAACAUUCCGAGCCCACCCAAUAAACUGUCCACAAUCCAGAAUUCCAACACCGCCCCCAAACCUGCAAUCAAGCAAGAAACAGAGAAAAGAUUCCCCACCCACACGACCCACACAUCACCACAUGCAGAAGAGCAAGGGAGGACAAAGCGUUCGUAGCCAUCCGAAACCCGGCAUCCGAACCCAAGUCACGGGUACAAAAAAAUCCACGGAUGCAAAUUCCGGCCUGUCAGUCAUGGCUAUUCUAUAUUUCCCCAUGUACUGUAAUCCACUUGUAAUCCUGCUGUGCCAAGUCUGCUCCUGCUCUCUCGCGUGA